AUGGCUUUUGGAAUUGGUCUUAGCAAUGCUUUGAAUCCAAUGGAAACCUUUUGGGAAACAACUCACACGAGGGCCAAAACUGAAUCUGUAUCAAAUGGCACCUUCAAACAAUCAAUUCCGUCAAUCGCGGUUGGCUCCCAAAAACCAUUAGCAAAACGUGUAGCUGCAAAUGGGAUUGACACUCCCACUUUGGGACAUAAAGCAAGAAUUGAUAACUCAUUUCGUGGUCGGGAACUGCCAGGUUUGCUUAAUGCAUCUCAGCUUUCACUCUUAGAAUCAGUUCAUGAGCCGGACAGUCGACCAAAGAGCUUCAAUUUCGACGGCAACAGUAUAGUUUCUGCUGAUAGUGAUGGGGAACCCAUUUUACUUGAAGCCGAGGAAAACAAGUUUGGACGAUUCAUCGAGAUGACAAGAAUUGACCCACCAAUGAGACGAAACCACACCGUCAAUAAUAUGGCUGACUACAUCUACACACCAAUAUCGCGCCCUUCAAUUUCACCUCAACAUACACAUUCUUCUAUGGGUUUGCCUUCCACAUUGACCUCGACGACCGAUACAAAUAAUCAGAGUUCAUUCCAGCUCCCCAUGAGAAUUCUGACACCAACCGGACUCAGCGUCAUAUACCAACCAGCAUGCGAUUGCAAUGUAGCAGCCGAUAUUAUUUUCGUCCACGGCCUAUUCGGACACACUGAGCACACCUGGACAUUCAACGGCCCACAAGCCCCGAUCUCGAAAAGUGACAUUUGGUCUCUCUAUGGUCUCGCCUCCAAAGUUGACGAUCUUGGCCACAAACCAAGCCCGAAGGCACCCAAGAUAUUCUGGCCAGAGAAGCUUUUGCCCGUUUCGUUUCCGAACUCGCGUAUGUUUACCUGGGGGUUUCAGAGCGACAUCAAAAUGUUUUUCGAUUCGAGUGACGAUAAGAACACCUUGGAUUAUCUGGCAAAUCGCCUGUUAGAGGAUGUUUUGGACCAUAAUUGGCGAGGUCGAUGUAGUGAACGUCCGAUUGUGUUUUUGGCUCACUCGCUGGGUGGGUUGAUCGUGAAAAAGGCACUUCUUCAAUCAAACGCUGGUAGUCCACUCCGGAAUAUUCGCGAACUUCGAGACGCUACCACGGCUGUAUUAUUUCUGGGCACUCCGCACCACGGGUACGAACCAGACAGACCAAUGCUUGAUAUCGUUACCAAAAUCAUGAAUGCAAAUGGCCAACCCACACCACGAUCAACAAUGAAACUGCUCGCCGAACAGCUCAAGGAAAUUGACUUUGAUGAAAUGCAUCAGCGAUUCAGAAAUAUGGUGGCUAUUCAGAGAAGGAAAGGGUCUGACAUAAAUAUACAUAACUUCUUGGAGAAUAAAGGAAUGCCGCUGUUUGGAAAUUGGCGGAUAUGGGGUCAUAUUGUUCCAGCCGGAGCAGCAAGCGACGAGAAGGAUUUCAACAAAAGCUACAUAGAAAAAGACCAUGUUGGAUUACCGAGGUUCGAGCAUUCGUUGGAUGCAGGCUAUCUCGUGAUUCGAGACGUUAUCAUGAUGAGUAUCAAUAGGGGACCCAUGCGCAUAAUGAAUCCGGGAUGA